UCUUCUGGUGUAACCAUCUCCCUUCUCCACCUGCGAUGUUUAGUAUGUGAAAAAGUACAGUGUAUGGAGAUGAAAAAAAAUCCCGCAAUGUCAAGAGUGUUGAGGAGAAGGGAGCAAAAUCAUUCCCAAUAUAUGGUGAAUUCUUUCGGGUUCGUCGCUUAAAUAAACACAAGUCUUUCGUUUCAUAAGUGCACACACUCUGCUGACUCUUUCCCAGACUUGUGCGCUCGGUUGAUUUCUGUAAUAAUUCCAUCUCUCCGUGUGCUUAUAACUAUUCUUGGUGUAUUUGUGCGCGCAAUCCAUUCUCGCUCCAUCGCCAAACCUCUUCUUCCUCCAAGAUUCCACAUACAAUCAUCCACCAAGAGAGAGAGAUAUAGUGUUAUAGUCUUGGAACUGAAGAAUUUCCAGUUUCUCAAACAUGUCUCAACCCGGAGCCCCCCUUCUGACUGCCCCAAAACGUCCAAUCCACCGUAAAUGUGUCUGUGUGCUUUUAAAAUUGUACAAGAUAUUCUCUCAGCAUUUUCACGUUGUUUUUUUUUUCUUUCUUAUUUUCUUUAAAUCCAACAUCUCUGUCUAUCUCUCUUUCUCUAUCUGACUGCCGAGCAAUCCACCAGCAAUAGAAGGAAUUUAGAAAAUCAUUUUAUAUGGAUAUUGAUAUAAUAUUUUUCUCUCCAUACACCCAUUUCAAUCUUUAUGAUGUGAUUUUACUGGCAAGAGUUACGAUGUUAUAGCAUCACAAAGUUGUUGCACAAUUUGUCACUCUUCUUGGCACAAUUUUUCCUCCAACUGCUCUCUGGCGCACACCUCAGUCACUUUUUUUUCUGCGUCCCCAUCGCAAAUGAACCAUUAAGUGAUCUUUAUGUUUUAUACCCCAAGUAUGGAUUUAAUGUGAUAACCUGAUGACCAAUUGAAGGCGAAAACAUACCUCAUACUUUGCAUAAUGGCAAUUUCAAAAUUAAUCGCGAGGUGUUUUUAGUGCAUUCGCUCUUGGCCAUCAAUCUCCCCAUAUUAGAGAUUGGAUUGCAGAGGAAAGGGGAGCAUAAAUGGUGUGAAUGAGAUUUGGUGUGCAACACUCGUGAAAGCACACCAUCCACCCUCCCACAUAUCAAACACACAAAAUGUAUCGUCCAAAUUUCUACGAAUCCACAUGCCUCAGGUGCAAUGAGAUUGUCUACCAAGUGGACCGAGUUGGACCCCUCAAGGACUUCACAUUCUUCCACUCGGGCUGCUUCAAGUGCAUCCACUGUGGCACAAAAUUGACCCUCAAGACCUACUACAAUAAUCAACACAAGCAGGAGGACAAAGAGGUCUACUGUUCGUCACAUGUACCAAAAAGUGGUCCUGGUCACUUGGAUCAGACAUCCGUGGGAAUCCGACAGGCACUCAAUGUUCCCAAAACCAACAAGUUCAUCAAUGAACAGAUCAGAGGUCAGAGAAGAGAUCUGGAUGGAUCCCGUCAAUCCACACCAAAUGGUUACCACAGAGGCCGAGAUUUAAAUUCAUCGGCAAAUGACAGUGACUACAAAUAUGGUAGAUUCGACGCUAGUGCACUUCACAUUGCGCACGCCCUCAAGCAGACGGAAAUUCAAAAGGCCUACAACAAGAGACGCGAGAAACCUAUUGACUUAUAUUUGGAUCGCGCUGAACAAGCACGCCUGGAGAUGAAACAUCGAAAAGAGGAGGAUGAUUUGUACAGGAAAUUUGCACGCAAGAGAGAGGAGGAGGAUAGGAAAGUGCAAGCAGAAAUUCAAGAUGAAUGGGAGCGUGAGUUGCAACGCCUCACUCACAAAUUCGAGAAGGAACUGGCGACAUCCAGACGCAGUCGCGAUGAACAGAAUCUCCUAACCAUGCGCCAUGAGCAGCAAAAGGAGGAUCUCGAGAAAAACAUGACACUGCGGCGAAACAAGAAAAAAGAGAGUCUCACGAGGAAGAUGCUGGAGCACGAACGAAGUGAAACAGCCGCCCUGGUAGAUCGUCAGUCCAGUGAGAUGCUGGAGCUGAUUAGUGCUCGCCGAAGUGAGUACAUGCAGACAGAGAGCAUCUUCCUGGAUGACGAAUUCACAGAGGGUACUCUGCCACUCGAGUACCCUAAUAUAGCGCCCCCGCCGGCCCCGCCCACAGUCAGCAAAUUCCAAAUCUAUACGGACCCCAUUGAGUUCGAGGAUGUCGAUCGGGUGGCCAUAACAGUGGCCAAAGAGGAUCAGAAGACCUUUACGGACCUAGUAAGGCAACUUGUGGGCCGAUGCACCAGCGAUAUCGAGAAAGCACGCACGAUCUUUCGCUGGAUAACCGUAAAGAAUCUCAAUACGAUGCACUUUGACGAUGACCUAAGAGGAGAUACGCCAAUGGGUCUGCUGCGUGGCAUCAAAUACGGCACCGAAAGUUACCAUGUCCUCUUUAAGCGCCUCUGCAGCUACGCCGGUCUGCACUGUGUCGUGAUCAAGGGAUACUCCAAGAGUGCUGGCUAUCAACCUGGUGUUCGCUUCCAGGAUUCACGCUUCCGCAAUUCCUGGAAUGCCGUCUACGUGGCCGGAGCCUGGCGCUUUGUGCAGUGCAAUUGGGGCGCUAGACACUUGGUCAAUGCCAAGGAAGCACCCAAAACCGGACGUGGGAAAAAUGAUAGCUUACGCUAUGAAUACGACGAUCACUACUUCCUAACUGACCCACGGGAAUUCAUCUAUGAAUUCUUCCCACUCCAGGAAGAAUGGCAACUCCUCAAGCGACCAAUAACACUCAAGGAAUUUGAAAAUCUACCCUUCGUGCGCUCUCUGUUCUUCCGGUAUGGCCUCCACUUUGCCGACGAGGGCUAUGGAGCUGUUGUCUUUACCGAUGACACAGGAGCUGCCACCGUGCGGAUUGCCAUGCCCGCAGAUAUGCAAGGCUGCCUCAUCUUCCACUACAACCUCAAGUUCUACGACAGCGAAGAGGAUUCCUACGAUAGCGUCUCACUCAAACGCUUCGUCAUGCAGUCGGUCAUCGGGAACAUCGUGGCCUUUAGAGUCCAUGCACCUUGUUCUGGAGCCUUCCUUCUGGACAUCUUCGCCAAUGUGGUCACGCCGCAGGAAUACUUGACCGGGGAGCCGAUGAAAUUUAAGUCUGUGUGCAAAUUUAAGAUUUGCUGUGAGGAACUUCAGACAGUCAUGGUGCCCCUUCCAGACUGUGCGAGCGGUGAAUGGGGUCCCACAAAGGCUACCCGGCUCUUCGGCCUUGUGCCAAUAACUCAUCAAGAACCUCUGAUAUUUGCCGGGAGGAUAAUUGAGUUGCAGUUCCGAAUGUCGCGGCCACUGACAGACUUUAUGGCCACCCUGCACAAGAAUGGAAUUGAGGAAAAGAAACUGGCCAAGUACAUUUCCCAUAGCAUCAUUGACGAUGUCGUUACAUUCACAAUCAGUUUCCCGGAAGAAGGUCAGUACGGAUUGGAUAUUUACACGCGAGAAGUGGGUUCAGUGUCUCACUAUCACAACAACAAUUCCUCCAGCGAGAAACAUUUGCUCACUCAUUGCUGUAAAUAUUUAAUUAAUUCAUCAAAGCGCAACUGAUUUGGCUCCAGAAUCCUUUGGGGGUUCUGGAUGCUCACGUAAGCAUUAUUAACAGCUCCUCUUCACUGUCCUAACUCAUUCCUCGUUCCCUGAAACAAAAUCCUUCACAACGAUAUGGUGCUAAUCGAUCAAAAAAAAAAAAGAAUUACAAGAUCAUUUGAGUUUUAUUGCGACUAAAAACACUCUUUUCCUCGUUACUGUAUAUAAUUGAGACAAAAAGAAUAAAAAAACAAUGUAUAUUAUAGACAAAUAAAUCAUUUAUUCUCGAAUUAAA